AUGGAGGUGGCGAGGCUGGCUGCUGCUUCUUCCUCCCUACCGUUUGUGUGUGCAGUGUAUGCAGCAACAGAAAAGGAAUCAAAAAGUCAGGUGGUGAAGCCAAACCAGCUUCCAAUUUACUGCUCGCCACCUCUGAAGUCAAAAUACAUUGAAGAACAGCCUGGUCGCUUGCAGAAGCAAUUCUCUUCAAUAAGACAGACAACUGGCCGCUAUAUUGGAUGGUGUAAGGAUGCUUUUUUCUUUGCUAAAAAUGGAAUAGUGGAUUCAAUUCAGUUUGGUAAAGAUGCUUAUGUUUACCUGAAGAAUCCACCACCAGAAUUUCUUCCCAGAGUCGGCAUAAUUACAAUAUCAGGCUUAGCUGGUGCAGUGCUGGCAAGAAAAGAUUCUAGAUUUAAGAAAAUUGCUUAUCCCUUGGGACUUACUACUUUAGGAAUUUCAGUUUGUUACCCAGCUCAGGCAGUAGUAAUUGCUAAGGUAACAGGGAAAAAGGUAAUUUCUGCAAGCCAUCAAGCCUACGAGGCUGUACGAUCUCUAUGGGCAAAGAAGGAAGAUGCCUCCAAGCUGCAGCAAGAGUCAAAAUCAGUUACAAAAGAAGAUAAGAAAAAUAAAGAAAUAUCUAAGAUACAUCUUGAAUCUGCUAUUGAAUCACAAUCGUCUAACAGAACAGAAUCUUCUCCUAUAGAGUCUUGGAGUACUAAAGAUCCACUACCUUCGUCAGGAACAGUGAAGACGACAAAGUUUAAACCUGACCCAAAACUUAUGGACCAUGGUCAGUCCAGCCCAGAAGAUGUGGAUAUGUACAGUACAAGAAGCUAAGACGUCUGAUUACAAAUCUUUGCAAAGUAUUACAGAUAAGGGGGAGGGAAGAAGGGAAGGAAUAAGCCUUGUGAUUCGUACUGUGUGAGGUGUAACUUAAUCAGGUAUUUUCUUAUAUUCCAAACUGUAUUACUGAUUUAUACGAUGCUGUUCAAUGAAUAUUUGUUUCUCACUACUUACGAACAGUGAGAAUUCACUCAUAUUCAGUGUCAUGCUGUGACACUGAGAAAAUGGGAUCUGUGUGUGUGUCUUCUCACAAUGAAGUUCCUCUGUGCCAAACUUGUUACUAAAUGUCAUUUCACUAAAGGUAUUUGAAAAGGUGAACAUCUAUAUUUCAGCUCAAAUGUUCUCUGAUAGAAAAAGAGGAAUGUCAUGGAUAGGGUUAGAGAGGCUUCUUUGUUUUUCACUUGAAGCUCUAGGACAAAGAGCAACUCUUACUGGUCUGAGUGCCCUUAAUUGAUUAUUUUAUCAUAUGAGUAGCAUUAUCCCUAAUGCUUACAUAAACAAAUCACUUUUUCAUUGCAGAGUCAUUUGUUGUUGUUUGCCUCUUUCACAGAUGUGAAUGGAAACUGAACUUCUUGUGCAUUCUUGUUUUGUAUUUAAAUGUCACUUAUGCUGGGAAACAACUGAUCUUUAAAAUAUCCAUGAUAGACUAUGCAUUGGUUUUAACAUACUUCUGGUAACUUGAACUGUAUGCAAAUUGCUGAAUCCAUGAAGCUGAUACUGUUUGAUUUAUAUAGAAUGAAUAAGCAAUGUUUAGAAAAGAGCUUGAAGGUUUAAAGUAAGAAAUGCAUAGAUGGUUGAAAGUGCUGAUAAAUAUCUAAAAAUGCCAAAGUAAUGAACAGAACAAAAAGUGAGAAUACUGCUACGCAAACAGAUAGUUUGAUUUGAUGUCUUAGAGCUGAAAAGAAACACUUUCACAUGAAUGUUUUUUCAGCAGUGGGAUAUGAAAGGAUAUUUGCCACUGUUCUACAUAAGAAUAGAUUCCACUACCUGAUUCCUUCUUAUGAAGCUCCCACUUCAAAGUCAGAUGACCUUAAUACAGGCAAUCUGUACUCCUAGUGUCACUGUAGGGCUAACAGAACUAAUAAGGAGAUACUGCACAAUGGUGCAUGCUCAAAGCAUAAAUGCUUAAUGAACAAAUACACCAAGUAAGGCUUUUGUUGGUUCAGAAACAGAUGUAUUGAUAUUCUGCAAUCCAGAUUUCAGGUGAAGAUUUCAGCCUGAAUGGAGUCCAAUACAAAGUAAAGUCAGUAAAUAAAUGAGGUUUAAAGAAAAAUAAUUCUAUUAAUUAAACUUGCUUGGGAUGAAUUAGAA